AUGGGUGACCACGCAACUUUCUCUAACCCCUCCGAUGCCACCUUCGAGAAGGGCAAGUCCAAGGAAGUCCCCCAGGACAUGAGCAUGGACGAGGAGAGCUCUUCGGAGAGCGAGAACGAAAUGGCCGACAACGAUGAGGAGGACGAUGGACAGGAUAACCUCGAGCCCAUCGACGCCAGCAACAUCAUCCAGGGUGGCCGUCGCACCCGCGGCAAGACCGUCGACUACGCCGAGGCUGCCAAGGGCCUCGAUGACAUGGAGGAUGAAGACGACGAUGAGGAAUACGAGUCUCGUGAGGACAACAACAAUGAUGACGACCAGAUGCGCGACUAA